UUCUAAAAUACUUACUUACAUUAUGUCUUCUGACAAUACCGUAUCAUUGAUCGUUGCCUUUAAAGGCUGCAAGGAUAUUGAAAAAGAAGGACGCAUCAUCCGCUUUGGACAGGGCGCCAACUUGGAUACCAUUCGCGGACUAGUCGCUGAAAAAUUAGGUAUUGCCAAUGGUUAUGGUGAUGUCCAACUUUUAGAUGAAAAAGGUAAAUUACUUGCUGGUAUCGAUGAAAUCAAGAGCCAACAAGUAGUAUACGUUGACUUGAGAACACAUAUCAAAGAUGUUAUUCCAGGUCCUGCCUGCUUGCCUUUUGUUGGUAGCCUAUACGAAAUGCUUCCCAACUUAACCGAAGGCUGGAAUCGUCAAUUUGCUAAACAUGGCCCUCUUGUUGAAAUUAAUAUAUUUGGUCGAAAGAUCGUUGGCACCAAUGAUCCACAAAUUGCUGAAAUCUUUGUAAAAGAAUCAGAGUAUUUCACAAAAAAAGUUACCUCCACUGGUCUUAACGAGAUCAAAGCGUUUGCCGGUCAAGGACUUUUCACUACGGACACGGAUGAUAUGGAUUGGAAGCUUGCACAUAAGCUUCUCAUGCCUGCUUUUAGUCCUCGGGCCAUCAAGGUCUAUCAAGAAGAAAUGGGCAUUAUUACGCAACAAGCUAUUAAAAUUUUAGAACAGUUUAAACCUGAAGAACCGGUUGAAGUACUAGACUGGACCACAAAUAUUACGUUUGAAACAAUUGGGCGAAUUGGCUUUGGUUACGAAUUCAACCUACUAGCUGAUCGUGACCAACCUCCCAAUGACUUCAUCCAGGCCAUGUCAUACUGUUUAAGACAGUCUAUACAACGUAUGCAACAAGCUCAAUUUGUCAAAUCCUUGCCCAUUGAAGCAAAUCGCAAAUACGAUCAGUGUAUUAAGCUGAUGCAUGACACUGUAGACGAAGUGGUAGCAGAAAGAAAAAAAUCGCCAUAUGCAACCGACAGUCAAAGAGAUUUGCUUGGUUUCAUGUUAAACGCACGUGAUGAACACAACAUGGGUUUAUCAGACGAAAAUAUUCGUGAUCAAGUCGUCACCUUUUUGAUUGCAGGUCAUGAUACGACGGCCAACACAUUGGCAUGGACACUCUACGAACUUGCAAGACAUCCUGAUAUCCAAGCAAAAGUACUUCAAGAAAUCGCUGAUAAUCAUAUCACUUGGGACACGUUACCAUCCUCUGAACAGGUGUCGAAUCUCAAGUACAUUCAUCAAGUCAUCAAGGAAGUUCUUCGCUUGUACCCACCCGUGAAGAGUCUUGGAAAGUAUUGUAAAGAAGAUUGUAUUGUUCCCGGUGGUUACCGAAUUAAAGCGGGUACAGUAUGUGCGAUCCAAGUCUACUCGAUGCACCAUAACGAAGACAUUUAUCCCGACCAUGAGCGUUUUGAUCCUGAUCGUUGGACACCCGAAGAAGAACAAAAGCGAUCUCGGUUCUCUUGGCUGCCCUUCAGCACCGGGCCUCGAGGAUGUAUUGGAAUGGCCUUUGCUUUACAAGAAGCAAAAACUGUGCUAGCCAUGCUUUUAAACAGAUUUGAUUUCCGUUAUGACGGUCCUGAAGUUACAUAUGAUCCCAAAAUGACAACCAAACCAGUGGAUCUCUUUAUGAAUAUCUAUCCUCGUACAGACUUCCCCGAAGCCGGGUCUGAAGCUGUCGCCGCUAAAAAGCGCGCAGAGACUCCUUCCGCCACCAGUAAAAUUCCUAUAGUUUCCGAAUCUGACAAAAAUUCAGAUGUCAAGUUGCCUCCCAUCACCUUCUUGUAUGGUACCCAAACCGGUACAGCUCAAGACUACAGUAAUGUAUUAGCCAACCAGGCUAAAAACUUUGGCUUUAAGAAUGUCACCCUCUGUGAGAUGGAUAAAUGGAAAGUAUUACAAGAUGGAAAAUUUGUAUCUGAUGACAGAAGUAAAAAUGUGGAUAAAGAAUUGGUCGUAGUUUGUACUGCUACUUAUAACGGUCAACCUCCUGAUUCGGCUGUCCAAUUUGAUAAAUUUCUCGAUACUAAAACGAGAGAGCAAGGCCAUGAAACAGUUCUGCAAGGACUUUCGUAUGCUGUCUUUGGUUUGGGUAAUAAAAAUUGGCGUACCUACCAACAUUUUCCUAUCAAGGUCACAAACAUGCUUGAAGAAUUGGGCGCUGAACGCUUCUUCUCUAGCGGUGAAGGCGAUGCCGAUAAGGAUAUGGAUGCUGUCUUUAAUGAAUGGUGCGCACAUUUCUGGUCGUAUACUCUAGAUACUUAUGGCAUCAAGGCUUCGGAGGACAAAUCUGUCGUACCGGCUGCUGCAGCCACUACCAACAAUCAACAAAGUGUCGUCGAUAUCAAGUUCAUCCAACCCAGAGAUAAAAAAUCGUGGGAAAUUUCCACCAAUAAUCAUAACGGUGAUUAUAACUCUAUCUUGUGCCGAAAUGAUGAACUUCAAAAAGAUGAUUCACCACGUAGUACACGUCAUAUUGAAAUUGAUGUAUCUAAAUUAACUCCGGUGGGAGACAAAGGUCGUUUGUAUAAUGCUGGUGAUCAUUUGGAAGUCUUCCCCGAAAAUAAUAAAGGGGCUGUGGAAGCACUUGCUAUCAGCUUUGGUUGGAUUUUGGAUUCUGUCUUUGAGGUCAACCAAGAGAGUCUAUCUAAUGUUUCUCCUCGUUCCCUUGCUGCAAAUAUAAAAGGACCUUGUACCAUCCGUAAUAUGCUUACAAGCUAUGCUGAUAUUACCUCACCGCCUUCUCGUGCUAUGCUUGCUUGUUUCGCUGCACAAUUAAAGUUGACUGCUCCGGAUACGGCUGCCACCUUUGAAAAAUUGCUCAUGCCGGAUUCCAGUAAUCAGGAUCAGUACCCCGCUUUCGUUAAGAAGCAUCGUACUCUUUUGGAUUUACAGAACGCGUAUCCUCAAGUCAACCGUUUGGAUCUGGGCCAGUUUUUGGCCGCAGUUACGGUCAUUCAACCUCGUCGCUAUUCUAUCGCCUCAUCCCCCAUAGCAUAUCCUAAUUCUGUUCAUUUAACCGUUGGUGUAGUAGAUGAUGUAGUGAAUGAUAAGCAUUAUAGUGGAUUAGCUUCCUUCUUUCUCAAAAAUGGUGAUAUUGGCAUGUCGCUUCGUACUGAACUAAAAUCAUGUAAGAAUACUUUUGAUAUGCCCGACGAUCCUAGUGUGCCCAUCAUUAUGAUUUCUGCUGGUACUGGUUUUGCUCCUUUCCGUGGCUUCCUUCAAGAACGCAAGAGUCAAGUUGACGAUGGCAAGCAGGUGGGAGAAACUGUUCUAUUCUUUGGUUGUCGUAGACCAGAUCAAGAUUAUAUUUAUCAAGAUGAGCUUGAAGAAUACGCCAAAUCCGAUGCGCUAACCCAUCUUCAUGCUGCGUUCUCAAGAAGCCAAGAGAAAUCUCCUAUUCGUUACGUACAGCAUGCCUUGAUAUCUCAUGCAACGGAGGUCUGGAAUAUGCUUUGUCCUACUGAUGCAAAUACAAAGCCUGCUGCAGUUUAUGUAUGUGGUAGUGGUGCUAUGAGUCGCGAUGUCCGUAGUGCGUUUGUCAGUAUGGCUAUUUCAUUCGGAGCUGCGAAUAACGAUGAGGAAGCAAAUGCGUUCCUUGAUAAGCUCAUGGACGAAAAACGCUAUUUGUGCGAUGUUUGGGGUUAA